UCCUGCCCCGCUGCCCUGCGCCUCCAGCCCGGCGCUGUUUCCCACUCGCAUUCCCGGUGGUGGAUCCGCUUCCCCGGCGCAGCCCCCGCGCUCCUCCUUUCUCCCUGCCCCACCCGCGGCCUGCGCGCUCCUCGCUUCCCGCUUUUUAACGAGAUGUCAGAAGAUCAGCACAGUGACCACUCUCCUCAAGAGGGAGGAGAAGAUGUAGUUGAUGCAAGGCCGGACAGAAGUAGCAGAUUCUCACUUUUUGGAAAGUAAAAAAAGGAAGAAUGGAGAAGAAGAGCAGCCAAAGCUCUCCCUCAGUAAUCAAUACCGAAUUGUUACACCCACAUUCCAGUAUAAUAUGGACUACAAGAAAGUUGGUAAAUGUAUUAUUAUAAACAACAAAAAUUUUGAGGACAAAACAGGAAUGGGUACACGCAAUGGCACUGAUAAAGAUGCUGGAGACCUGGCUAAGAGUUUUAAAAACUUAGGUUUUGAGGUUCAUACGUACAAGGACCGAAGCCGUGAUGAUAUGGAGAAAUUACUGAAGGAAGCUGCUGAGGAGAAUCACAGUGAUGCUGCUUGUUUUGCCUGUAUCCUUCUGAGCCAUGGGGAGGAAGGACUCAUCUAUGGCACAGAUGGACCCAUGGCUAUCAAGAGUUUGACUGCGCUGUUCAGAGGAGACAAGUGUAAAAGCCUUAUAGGCAAACCCAAGUUAUUUUUCAUUCAGGCAUGUAGAGGCUCUGAAUUCGAUGAAGGUAUACAAACUGACUCUGGACCUGCAAAUGACACUCUGGAAACAGAUGCCAACCCGAGAUACAAAAUCCCAGUAGAAGCUGAUUUCCUGUUUGCGUAUUCCACUGUGCCAGGUUAUUACUCCUGGAGAAACCCCGGAAGAGGCUCCUGGUUUGUGCAGUCUUUGUGCUCUGUGCUAAAUGAGCAUGGAAAACAACUUGAGAUCAUGCAGAUCCUCACACGGGUCAACUACGUGGUUGCCACCAAUUUUGAAUCCCAGUCGGAUGAUCCACGCUUCAGUGAGAAGAAGCAGAUUCCCUGUGUGGUCUCCAUGCUCACGAAGGAACUUUACUUCUGAAAGUGCAUUUUAAUGCAACCAGCGAUGAAAGAUCGGGGUAUGGUGUUGGGUGGAGAUUUGAUUAUAAACAGGAGUAAACACAUUUUUAAUAACAGAAAUGUAAUAACACUAGAUUUUUAUAUUGUGUAAGCUCAGUUAUCUGGUGGAUGGACAAUAUGCAGUAUUUUAAAGAAGUAAAUGCUGGGGGACAGACAGCCUGACAGCUAUUAGAAAGAAUAUGGUUGACUGCAGAUUACACAACUCAAAAGUUUUGUAUCUUGAUUUCCCUUAGUGUGGCUGUCAUGAUUUAUGGCUGCUGAACAAGUUGUGAGAAUCACCUUCCUGACCCAUAAAGGUUUUUCCCAGAAAGCAGAUUGUAAAUUAAGAAUAAAACAAAAAUUCAUGAGACUCCUUCCUUUUACUGCUAGCUCAUGGAACCAUAACCUCUUCAGAAAUUUCCAAAGAUCAUCAAAUUAUGGGUAUGUCCAGUGACAAACAGUUUGUAGCUAUUUAAAAAGGUGUUUCUUAGUCUAAUAUAUUAAUUUCCUUUUAAUGAACAUUAAUAAUGAAGGCUAAUGGUUGCUCUGUGCUUAACCUGGAAGUCAAUUUACUUAGUUGUCACUCUAGCAUAAGAUGAAUAUAUAAAAUAAUCAAUAUUUAUAAAUGAUUUACCUGAACAAUAUGGAAAUGUAACAAGUAGAAAAAUCAAAUUCAAAAUCUGUGUAAAAGAUUGGCAAACUUUAAUUGGAUUAUGCCUUAAUAAGGUGCCAUUAUAAAGAUUUUUGCCUUGCGAAUGACAAUUGACUGGUAGAAUGAUCUGAAACAGUGGUAUUGCAGUUUUUCUGCUCACAGAAAGGAGAAUGUCUGCUUUUGGAUUCAGAAUUUUUGAACCAUCAGAAGGUUAAUGACAAGGCUUCGUUGUAAAACAAUAAAAUUUAAUGUUGGAAUGAUAGAAUUAUAUGUUCCAGUAACAAAUGUAUGUUUAGAUUUAACUUCUAUUUGUGAGGAAUUUUGCCAAAACUGUGAAUGCUUACUUGAAUCAGAAACGAGAAGUGCCUUCUUAGUGACUGUAUGGUCUUGAUUUUGUGUUUCAGAGUUAUGUUGGUAAUGUUUAUAUUCCUACUUUUUAUAUGCUCUUUAUAGUUGGUAGCUAGCUCACAAAAGUGAAUUUAAUGAUUUGGUUAAACUGAUAAAUGAUGAGUUGUUCACUCCUUUCUCAGUUAAUGCACUCUAUACUCUUUUGCAAUCCUCUAAGAAAAUAAGUGCCUACUAUUAAGGCCAAGUUACCAAAUUGUUAAGUUUAUUUUCUUACAGAUACUGUGACAUAGUGAGACAUAUAUUUUUUUCAUAAGUCAAAUUUACAGCUGUUUAAAUUAAAUAAAUGGUUGUUUUAUGAAUAUAUUGAGCAUGACAUCAAUA